CGCAUUUUAUUUGUGGGAAAUCAAACACACGAACGUGAGGGCUGACAAAACGAGUAGCCCUAGUCUCUCUUCCUUUUGGCCCAAAAAUAAAAAGACUCCGGCGAUGGCGCACGGCGGCUACGGCAAGGGGAGGGUGGCGGAGCGGAAGAAAACGGCGGGAAAGGGCCGGAUAUUGAAAGGGUUGGGCGUGGAGAAGAAGCCUAAGCAUGUCUCUUUCAAGAACCAGAUUCGCUCCAUCGAGCGCAUGCUUCGUAAAGAUCUUCCUCCUGAAGUAAGAGAGGCCCAGGAGAAGAAGCUGGAAGACAUUAAGAGGCAGCAAGACAUCCAUACCCGUCUUGCUGUGGAACGUAAAAUAUUCCUCAGGAACAAAAAGAUUAAGUUUUUUGAGAGGAGAAAGAUCGAAAGGAGAAUAAGACGUCUUGAGAAGCUGCAAUGUACUUCAUCCGGCCAUGUGCAGGAUACCGAGAUAGCUGAGCAGAUUUCUAAACUGAAAGAGGACCUUGAAUAUGUUAGGUUUUUCCCCAAAAAUGAGAAAUACGUCUCUCUAUUUACUGGUGGGGAUGAUUUAGAAGUGGCUGAGCGGAGAAAUGAACUGCGGAAGCAGAUUAAGGCCAAUAUAAUUGCUGCUGCUGCCAGCGGAAAAGAUUUGGAAGAGACAGGGAGUGAAGACGAUGGGCAUUUGGACCUGAGUGAUGAUGAUUUCUUUCUCAACGGAAGCACAAGUGAUGAAGCAGAUGCUGAUGAGGAGUGUACUGAUAAAAGCACCAGGGAGCCGGCUUCUAGUGCUUCUGCCAGAGCAACGUCCGGCAUGUCCAGUGAUGAAAGGAUCCAGAAGCAAAAUUCUGCUAGGGCUUUAAUGCCACCGCCACGAUCGAGGUCUGCAUCAACAUCAAGGAAGAAUUCAUUUGCCAAAAGGGAUGAGAUGUCUACAUCCAGCAAUGCUUCAAAUAGCAGAGGCGGGUCUUCACAUAAUGCGAGGGCCACUUCAAGUUCACGCACGGGUCAGAGUAGCAACCCGAGUUCGAAUUCUGAUGCUCAUAAACCAAAGAGGAAGAGAAGGCCUAAGAAGAAGAAGCAGCAGGCAUGAUGACUUGCCACCCUACCGACAUUUGAAGAAACACCAAGAAGCUCCUACCACACUUAUCACUUGCCAUAAUUCUCCAAUGUGAGCUGCAGCGAUGGCCUGUAUUGGUCCCCCAAUGCAUAUAAAUGGCUUAGAUGAAGUGGUGAAUCCAGAUAUAGGCGGCUGUUGUUUUUGGUCCGAACAAUCCUUUGAAUCCCGAUAUAGACUUUGUGCAAAAGCUUCUCCCUUUACGUAUCUUCACGAGAUUUUUGAAUUUCAGGCUUUUUGUUGUUUCCUCUUUCAUACAUCUGCAGCUCACAAGAUUCUGUACGAAUGUGUGUAUUGAUUAUGCAGAAGUUCUUACACA